CAUCGACUUCAUUGACAUCGACAUCAAAUGAAUUUUUGAUUGUGUUGAAAAGGCCAACAGCAUAAAAAACUUUUCGUAUAUUUUUUUUUGAUUCAUGCUGUUUUUUUUACAUUCCUUGAAUGAUUGAUCUCAUUCAGAUUUUAUCAUCGUAAUCUUCAUUGACAAGAUAAAAUUAAAUCAUUGAUAAUGGCUUCGACGCCAUCAGCAGCAGCUUCGGCAGCGGUACCACCACCAACAUCAUCAUCAACGACAUCCAAUAUUGGACCACUGCCACCGCCUACACCACAAGGACAACAUCAUCCAUAUUCAUCAUCGAUGCCUCCACCACCUCCUCAUCAUCAUCAUCAUCAUCAUCAACAACAACAACAACAGCAGCAGCAGCAGCAGCAACCGCCUCAAGGAUUACCCGGAGGUAAAUCUGGUGGUCAUCAUCAUCAUGGUGGUGGACAUCAUCACGGUCAUCAUGGUCAUAGGCAACAUCCAAUGCCACAAGGUCCGCCACCACCCAUCAGCUCGGCUCAAGUUCAAAAGAUUUUGGACGAAAACAAUCAUCUAAUAAAUUGUAUAAUUGAAUAUCAAAAUCGUGGCCGUGUACAAGAUUUUUAUCCAUUACAACAAGCAUUACAUAGAAAUCUUGUCUAUCUAACAUCGGCGGCUGAAACCAAUCCAAAUUUAUCACAAAUAUUACCGCCACCAAUGUUUCCACCACCACCAACAACGAAUGGUCCGCCUGGACCUCCGAAUCAUAAUUCUACAACUCCAGGUGCGGGAUAUCCUCCCAAUAUCACAGCUACUGCUGCACAAGUACCACCACACCCACCACCUCCAACUAAUCAUCAUCCGCCAAUAUCGACAUCGACUACAUCACAUUCUCAACGUACCACACCCCCAAAUAUUUUGGAAAAUAAUAAUAAUAAUAAUACUAUUAAUACUGAUCAUCACAAUAAUGUUAAUAACAAUAAUAAAUCCACACCAGAAACUGGUGGUGAAAAUGCUGGUUAUCCACCUCGUUCAGCAACACCAUCAUCAUCCAGAAGAGAACAACUGCAAUCACAAGAAUCGAUACCACCACGGCCACCAUCAGUAUCAGCAUUACCAACAUCGCAAUCAUCGAACGUAUCAAAUUCCAAUCCAUCCAGGCCAAGUUAUGGUGGUGGAAAAUCACAGCCAUCUGGUCAACAACAACAUCCGAUGUAUCCGCCUGCUUCUCACUCAUCAACGUGGAUGCCACCUACAUCCUCUCAACAGCAACCGAAUUCUCCUUAUCCACACACAAAUCAAUAUGGACAAUAUGGACCGCCUGCAGUUGGUCCUUCUUAUCCCCCACAACAACAACAACAACAACAACCACCACCACCACCACCACAACAACAACAACAACAGCAGCAGCAGCAACAACAACAACAACCGACUGCUCCACAGCAAUAUCCGGGCCACCAGAAUUAUGCGAAUUAUGGCUCGAAUUAUGGCCCACCACCACCUCAUCAAAACCAUCAUGCACCACAUCAUUAUCCUAAUCAAUAUGGUCAAUAUCCAAAUUAUCCGCCACAAAGUGGCCAGUGGUACGGCAGUGGACAAGCUGGUGGUCCCCAAUCAGCUGGACAACAAACAGCUGGACAACCAACACCUCCAAAUCAACAAUAUCCACCACCACAAGGUGGCUAUAUGCCCAACUAUUAUCAAGGUUAUGGCCAACCUCCACCACCCCCUCAUCAAUCAUAUGGUCCACCUCUUCCUAACAUGUACGGGGGUCAACCGCCUUAUGCAUCAACUCAAGCAUCAAAUGGUUCUGGUGGUGGUGGUGGUGGUUCACAACAAGCACCAACUGCAGUUAGUCAGGCUGGUAGUGGUCAGCCAAAUCGAUAUCCAAUUCCGCCUCAACAACAAGGAUAUCCUCCAGCUGGUCAAUAUCCACAACCGCCACGUGGAGCACCGCCAUCAAUGCAUCCAGGCUAUGGUCCACCACCUUCAUCAGGUGGUUAUCCUCAUAAUGAUCAAUCACAACAAUCGAAUCAACAGCAACAAUAUCCACCAUCAACAGCAGCAGCCGGACCACCAGUUUCUGGAGCUCCAGGUAGUGUUGGUGGAUAUUCGAUGCCUCCUCCUCCCCCCACAUCAUAAUCCACUUUAUAUGAUAGAAAAAAUCAUUGUCAUUUUCAAUUUUAACAAAAGCAAAAAACCCAAAAAUAAUUCCAUACAUAGGAAGAAAACAAAUUCAUUUAAUUGUAAAUGUAUACGGACGUGUUUGUGUGUGUGUGUUUACAUGUUUUAAUCAUUAUUUUUCAUAAUAUUUUAUUCAUAUUUUCUAUAUUAUAUGUCCAGAUUUAAUUUUCGAUCCACAAUCAAGAUAAUCAUUUCGUUCCAAAA